AUGAGAAUACAUCCAUCAAAGUCUAGUAUAAAAUGGGACCAUUACAGUCAAGUGUUUAAAUGUGAUACAAAAACAAUGUUGAAAAUAUGCCCUAAGAUAACAAGGCACCACAUAGAGUUAAACAAUAUGACAAAAAUGAAAGUGAAAUUUGUAACACAGGUUUUAAAACAAAAUCUACUAUGGUUAGAUGAAUGGGAAAAAAAUCUAGAAGAUGGUCUUAUACAAGAAAAAGAAUUCCUCACUAAAGCUACUUCAGAAUCUUUAAGGCUAACACUAAAGUCAACAAUUGAUUUAAAAUUUUUUGGUAUAAUACGACAAACAUCAGGGCCAAAUGAUCACCCGACUACACCAACUUUCCUUCAACUUUACAGAUUAUUGUCUAUUUGCUCAUUAGUGAAACCACCAAGAAGUGGUAACUGUACAGUUAUUGAUGCAUCAUCAAUAACUUUAACUGAGUUAAAUAAUGAUGAAUCAUAUGCCAGAGAAGAAAAAAUUGAGAAACUAAAAAAUUAUAUAGACAAAGUAGUUGAAGAAGGAAAAUGGGACAUGGAUGAUGUAUUUAGAGAAACCAAUUUUAAUGAUGAUACAACAUUUAAUUGUGUUGUUUAUUAUUUGGCAGGGUAUUUGGCAAGAAAGCUUAGUAAGAAAACAAAAUGUCAACUUUGCUCAUCAGGAAUUAAAAAUAAUGAUUCCAUUGAUAAUAACUUAGCUGCAGCUAAGUUAACAAAUCUUAAGUCUCGUGGUUAUUUGACACAAGCAGAUAGUGGCUUUUAUAUUUUGUUAAGACAAAUUGAAAAUUCAUUUGCUCUUAAUGCUCAAAGCCCAAAUGCUUUUGAUGAUACUAUUGACCAUUUUUUUAACAACAAUUAUAUAAUUCCAUUUCCUUGUGAUGAACAUAAGCAUGAAAUAGUUCAGUUUAUUUUUGAGUCAUAUCUAACUAUGAUAAUGAGACAAUUCACUUGGAUUAGCAACAAACAAACAAAAUCUACAAACAAAGUAAAGAAAAAAUUGUCAAAAUUAGUCCCCCAUUAA